CCUGCCGCAGCUUCAUCGACCUGGCCCCGGCGUCCGAGAAAGGCGUGCUGUGGCUGUCUGUGGUGUCGGAGGUCCUGUACAUCCUGCUGCUGGUGGUGGGCUUCAGCCUUAUGUGUCUCGAACUCUUCCACUCUAGCAAUGUCAUCGACGGGCUGAAGCUCAAUGCCUUCGCUGCUGUCUUCACGGUGCUCUCAGGCCUGCUGGGAAUGGUGGCCCACAUGAUGUACACCCAGGUGUUCCAGGUCACCGUGAGCCUCGGCCCCGAGGACUGGAGACCCCACUCCUGGGACUACGGGUGGUCCUUCUGCCUGGCCUGGGGUUCCUUCACCUGCUGCAUGGCGGCCUCUGUCACCACGCUCAACUCCUACACCAAGACCGUCAUUGAGUUCCGGCACAAGCGCAAGGUCUUCGAGCAAGGCUACCGGGAAGAGCCCACCUUCAUGGAUCCGGAGGCCAUCAAGUACUUUCGGGAGAGGAUGGAGAAGGGCGAUGGGAGUGAAGAGGAGGACUUCCGCUUAGACUGUCGCCACCAGGGCUAUUCAACUCGACACCAGGCUCACAUGGCUGGCUCCUGGCCCCGGAGCUCUGCCCAGGAGGCGCCCGAGCUGAGCCGCCAGUGCUGGGUGCUGGGGCACUGGGUGUGA